AUGAUAUCUAUUCUAUUCAAAUGUUUUCCUCCAUCGACUGAUCGAUCCAGCCAUCGAAUUCACGCGGACUCCACAUAAAGAGAGAGCAGAGAAGCCAUGACCGGAAGAAGCUACAAUCUCCUGAAAGUGGUGGUCGCCCUCUUCGCCAUCAACACCCUCUCUCUCUUCCUCUACUUCCGCCCUACCCCGAAGCGAACCCUCGAAGCUUCUUCGUCACAGAUCCGCCACGACGAUCCGACCGGCGUCAUCCCUCAACUCACCGAGCGACGCCGCGACGGCAACUUCGAUUCUCUGAAAAGAUGGCCGAUCCUCCCCUCCUACCUCCCCUGGUCCCAAAACCCUAGCGCCCGGCCCCACUCCUGCGAGGCCUUCUUCGGCAACGGCUUCACCCGCCGCCUCGACCUCCUCUCCGCCGUCGACGGCGGAGGGGGCCGCGGGGGAGGAUGGUUCCGGUGCUUCCACAGCGAGACGCUCGAGAGCUCCGUCUGCGAGGGAGGGCAGCUGAGGAUGUCGCCCGAGAGGAUCAGGAUGGCGGUGGGAGGGGAGAGGCUGGAGGACGUGUUGGGGAGGAGUGAGGAGGAGGAGAUGCCGGUGUUCGAGGACGGCGCGUUCCAGAUCUCCGAGGGAGGGGGUGGCGGCGAGUUGGUGUUCAGGAGAGGGAAGAGUCUCGUGAGCGAUGAGUUCUUGGAUAAUUAUGUGGACCAGGGUAAGCGGCAUCCGAUUCGUAGUUUGAUCGGGUCGAUUCGUGUCGUCAAACCAGGAGAGCUGCAGUGCGAUCAGUGGAUCGAGGAGCCAACACUUCUUAUCACUCGCUUUGAAUAUGCAAACUUAUUUCACACGGUUACUGAUUGGUACAACGCAUAUGUUUCCUCUAGGGUCACUGAAUUACCAUAUCGGCCUCAUGUUAUCUUUGUAGACGGCCAUUGCACGUCGCCCAUGGAAGAAAUGUGGCAGGCGCUGUUUUCAAGUGUUGCAUAUGCUAAAAGUUUUCACGGGUCAGUUUGCUUCCGUCGUGCCGUUAUGUCGCCUUUGGGAUAUGAGAAUGCCAUGUUCAAGGGACUCAGUCAGCCUAUAAACUGCCAGGGGACAUCUGCACAAGAUUUAUGGCGGAAUCCCGAUGACCACAAGACUGCUCGACUUUCUGAGUUCGGAGAGAUGAUUAGAUCAGCUUUUGGUUUCUCAGUGAACAGACAUCAUCCUGAAAAGGCAGUCUCUGGUCAUAAUGUGCUAUUUGUUCGUCGUGAAAACUAUUUAGCCCACCCUCGACACAGUGGCAAACCCGAGUCAAGGCUUAGCAAUGAGCAAGAAGUCUUUGAUUCUUUGAAGAGCUGGGCCUCCAACCAUAUAAAAUGCAAAGUAAAUCUUGUGAAUGGUUUGUUUGCACACAUGCUCAUGAAGGACCAAGUGCAAGCCAUUCAAGAUGCCUCAGUUAUUAUCGGAGCUCACGGCGCAGGUCUAACUCACAUUGUGUCGGCAACGCCCAAAACAGUAAUUCUUGAGAUCAUUAGCAGCCAAUACAGGCGUCCUCAUUUUGCCCUAAUUUCAAAGUGGAAGGGCUUGGAGUACCAUGCCAUCAAUCUCGUGGGAUCACAUGCUGACCCGCCUGUGGUCAUUAAUGAGCUUAGUAGCAUAUUGAAAAGCCUAGGAUGCUGAAAUUUCAAGGUUUUUGAUGCGACUAAAAGGAUCUCACCUUGGAGGGGAGAGUGCCUUUCCCCUUGUGCGGCUGUUGCUGCUGUUCAUAGAAGAGGUAAAUUGUUUUCCCAUACGGAAAAAAAUGGUUACAGUAAUUUAACUUUCCAUCUUAAAGAAAGGAGGGGAAUCAAAGAAGCAGCUUAGCUCAAAGGCGGGUGGGGCUUGCUUUGAUCCAGCCAGGGUUGAAGAGAUUUACUUGACCACCGGAUGAAAGCGGGGGUGGUUGUAGUGAAAAAGAUAUGUUAUUUAACUUUAUUCUUUCAGAUAGAUAGUUCUUGUGUUCCUCUUUGUUGCUAACUAGGCUCUUCUUUGUAAUUCACGUAUGUCGUUGAGCA